AUGGGCUGUCGAAAGAGCAAGUUGUCAAGCCAAGACGAACCCGAAAAACCAAACAAGGCGACAAAAGAAACGGACGGCUCCGAAUUUACACAGUUAGGCAGUGGUCGGCUGCCUUUGGACGCUCGACAAGUUUUUAAGUUGAAGCAGUCGUGGAGAGGAAUAAAACGACGCAUUGAAGAGACAGGAGUGGAAAUGUUUAUAAGAUUCUUCAAGACGAACCUCGACAUGAAGCUGUUGUUCCAGAACUUCAAGAACAUCGGCCACGAGGACGAGCUGCGCGAAAACGAGCUGCUGGAGCACCAUGCCACACUCGUGAUGACCACCCUCGACGACGCCAUCAGCAACAUCGACAACCACGAGUACGUCGCAGAAUUCCUGAAGAAGACCGGCUCGUCUCACAUCAGAUUCGACGGGUUCAGUCACAGGAACUUCUGGAAAAUGAAAGAGCCAUUUCUGGAAUCGGCAAGGAUAACGCUUGGAGACCGAUACACGGCGUCCAUUGAAACCGUCUACGUUGUGGCCAUCACGUUUAUCCUGCAGUCGCUGUCUGACGGACUGCGCGAGCACGAGAAGUACGUGGACGUCGACGAACUGAGGGAGAAGACGUCGCACAAAGACUGCGACAUGAACGAGAACGCCAACGUCCUCCCCAACUCCUCGGCGGUUCCAGUCGUAAGCAGCACCCCCGUCAACACGUGCGACAUCUCUGUGAAGGUGGCCGGUGAGAGUGGUACCGACAAACUGACGAAUAACGCGACGAUUCCAGAUUCCAAGGAACAGGCAGCAUCCCAUUCAUAGCUUGUGUGUGUGUUUGUGCAGUUGGAGAUUUCGGAAUAUUCUGAUCUUGCUCAUUAUUAACUGAGAUGAUGCGUGAAGUUAACAAUUAUUCACAAAUCAGCUCGUGCAGUCGCUCCAGCUCGUGUGAAGAAAUAACAGUUACCUAAUGAUGAUAUUUGUGUAAAGCUCAGAGACAAUGGUGACAAAAGAAAAGAAAACGAAACAAAGCAAAGGAAAGAAAAAUACAAAGAAUCACCAAUACCUUAAC